GAAACAUUCAAGAUGGCGAUGAACAAGAGAGGAAACGUGAGGCUACCGCCAGAAGUCAACAGAAUACUGUAUAUCAAAAAUCUCCCAUAUAAAAUCACUGCAGAAGAAAUGUAUGAUAUUUUUGGUAAAUAUGGAGCCAUUAGACAGAUCAGAGUUGGUAAUACGCCAGAAACUAAGGGAACAGCGUUUGUGAUCUAUGAAGAUAUAUUUGAUGCUAAAAAUGCCUGUGAUCAUCUGUCAGGUUUUAAUGUGUGUAAUAGAUAUUUAGUUGUAUUAUAUUACCAGGCCAAUAAGUCAUUUAAGAAAGUGGAUACUGAUAAAAAGAAACAGGAUUUAGAUCAGAUGAAACAGAAAUAUGGACUCAGUACUCCAGAAGUUAAAUAGAUACUAUCUAUUGGGAGAUUUUUAUUUGUGUUUGGUUGGAUCAAAAAGACUUGUAUAUAAAUAUCGUAAUUCAUAGUGAAAGACAUAGUUGUUCUUGAGUUCUAACAGCUUGUAUAAAAACAGAUCUAAAGAUUGCCCCAUUUUAUAACAAAUAGACAUCCUCCUUCACUGAUUACUUCUGAUCUUGGUAACUUUAUUGUUAUCCAAUCUUACAAGAUGAUCUGUGGAUUUUUGCAGUCAAUAAAUAACCCUCCAAUGUCAAAGAAUAGUUUCUGGGUAAGGAAAGAUGUAUUUUGUGAAGAAAGAAAGAACAUACGUUUUGAGUAAAAUAUUUUAUAUAACAAACAUCUUAUAAAUAUACAUAAAACAAUAAAUAUCAAAAACAGUAGAUUGCUGGUGGAUUUCUUAAGUUUUUAUCGUAAGGCACUUGUGGAUUGUGUUCGGGGUUGUCCAUAUACACAUAGAGGGGGAGGGGGUGGAAAUUUCUCUAACUUUGUGUCUUUUUGUAUCCCUUUUGUUCCAAGGAUAUUGCAUUUUGAACUCUUCUUGCUGUAUUUAAGAGUAGUAGUAAAAGAUGACUUUUCUGUACCCAGCGUCACUCCAGAACAUGUUGACCUUCACCCCAAAAAUAUUUAACUUAAGAUGUCUGUCGAGGUGGAGCUCUCUACAAGAGACUAGUUUAAAUACUUUUUGAUCACAUGACCACACAUCUAUCUUUAUAUCGGGAGAUACGAUAGUUCUCGGGACGUUUUCCCGACCAGAAACCUUGGUUCCUACAUUCUGUUACUAUAAACUCGUCCACUUCUACACCGUGAAAUACCUCCACCUCCGUUAGACUCAGUCUGGACACGUUUAACGGCACGCUAGGUUUUCUAAUGGCUGUUUCUAUCUCUGGUUUAAUACUGUUAAUAUCUAACGGACCCCCUAAAUAGUUUCUAGUAGCUAGCUCCAGAUUCACGGCAGGUAAUGCUCUCUGACUGAGUAGAAAUUGAUAAGCUGGUAUAACAGAUUGAGGGUCUAAUAUAUGUAAU